UAUGAGAAAUAGUUAUAAAAUUAUAUAAAUGUGGUCCACUUUCAACAAAAUUAAAAUAUGAGAUGUGUCGAAAUUUUUUUAGUGUCGAUGUCAUUUCUACUUUGCUGCAUAACAUUCCCGUUUUCCCUGUGUGUGUGCCUUAAAAUAGUCGCAGAAUACGAGCGAGCAGUCAUUUUUCGUCUAGGAAAACUCCGAUCUGGCGAAGCUAGAGGUCCUGGACUCUUUUUCAUUCUCCCUUGUGUGGAUGAAUAUGUCAACGUCGAUUUAAGAACUAAUCACUUCGACGUACCAGCUCAAGAGGGUUUAACUAAAGAUUCUGUCACGAUAUGGGUUGAUGCUGUGGUUUAUUACAAGGUGGUAAAACCACUACUUGCCGUCACUGCAGUAGUUAAUUAUAGUACCUCUACAAGUCUUCUUGCUAUGACAACACUACGAAACAUCAUAGGAACGAAAAGUUUGGCAGAAGUUUUAGCCGAUCGUGAUUCUAUUGCUCAAAAAAUUGCAGUAAUAUUAGAUAAAGCGACAGGUCCGUGGGGAGUCAAAGUCGAAAGAGUGGAAAUAACAGAUGUUAGAUUGCCACAACAGCUGCAAAAAGCCAUGGCAGCUGAAGCUGAAGCUACUCGAGAAGCUAAAGCGAAAAUAAUAGCAGCCGAAGGUGAAUUAAAGGCAUCUAAAGCACUAAAACAGGCUGCAGAUGUUAUAGUGGAGUCACCAACUGCUUUGCAGGUACCAGGAUUUUGGAAUUCAUUUCGAAAAACUAACAUGCAGAUAUUUAUUUGUCUCGAGUUCCUGAAGAUCUAUAGGCAGUAUCCAAUCCAAAAGCAAAUUGAAGAAUUACACCGACUGAGAAACUUUGGAUCUCAUACUUUAAUCGUUCAUUGCAAAUGAAAUUCAGCUGAAGAACUUUGCCUUAAAAUUAACCCAGAAGAAGCUAAGAUUCUCAUCGUUUGCUAUCCCUCGCAUCAACCGCUCCCUCCUCA